UGCAUCGGGUAUUAUUAAUGCUGUCAGGAGCCGGGUAUGGUCGAGUGUAUUUUGCGAGUGAACAACAUGCUGGGUCUAACAGACAGAGCUGCAGUGGUGAUGUCAUUAUCAUUACAAGUUGCUUAUGCACAGCAUUUUAAUAUGGCCAACAUUAAUUUUGACAGUUCAACUCCGAUGCCCGAGUUAUCCAGUAUGGUCAUGUUCUACAUAUCGCCCGUCCUCACCGUCGUCAUCCUCCUAAUCUGUAUAUUCUGUCUGAAUCAUCUCAUACGACAGUGCAAGACAAAAAUGACUACAGGUCGACGAACUCUGCCAACAAUAUCAGGAAGUGUCCAAAAUGGAUUAUAUUGCGAACCGCCUCCUCCUUAUACAUUAACAGACAUUUCCCAUGGUGCAUUCUUACCGGAAGAAUCAUUAACAAACUGUCCGGCAUAUACAGAGGAUCCACCGACUUAUUUAGAGCUGACAGUACUUCAAAAUAAUUCAUGA